AUGAAGAAGUUUGUUGAUACAUUUAGGGAACAUUGGAAAAGGUUUGGAUGUUCUAUCAUGUCAGAUGGUUGGACGGAUGGGAAAAAACGACAUCUUAUUAACUUUUUGGUGAAUUGUCCUAAAGGUUCAGUUUUUUUUAAGUCUGUGGAUGCCUCAAAUAGAACCAAUGAUGCUGAUUUCAUUCGCAAGCUUGUAAAGAAGGUAAUUGCUAAUGUUGGUGCAAAAAAUGUAGUUCAGUUCAUUACGGAUAAUGGUUCAAACUUCAAAAAGGAAGGGAAGGAUUUAAUGCUGGAAUACCCACAUAUGUUUUGGACUCCUUGUGGUGCUCAUUGUGUUCAGUUGAUGCUAGAAGAACUUGGUGCCAUGCUUCCACGACUCAAGACAGCCAUCAUUCUAGGUAAGAGACUGGUUACAUAUAUUUAUGCUCAUUUUCAAGUAUUGAGCUUAAUGAGGGAGUUGACUAAAGCAGACUUUCAUAGGUCUACAAAAACUAGAUUUGCAACUCAAUACUACACACUAGAGAUUAUUCAAAAGUAUAAAACUCCUCUGCAAAUGGUGUCUGUGAAUGAUUGGUGGGUAAAAACUAGGUUUGAUAGAGAAACUGUUGGAGUAAAUGCACUUAAGAUUGUUACAAAUAGUAAAUUCUGGGAAGAUUUUGAUUACUCUUGUAGGGUGCUAAAGCCUUUAGUUAAGGUAGUAAGGUUAGUGGAUAUCGAACGCAAACCUACAAUGCCUUCUUUUUAUGAGGCAAUGAGAAUAGCAAGGGAUCAACUUGAGAAGAACCUCAGUGAAGAUAAUGAUACUUGGGAUAUAGUUAAGGCUGUUUUUGAUAAAAGAUGGAAGAAUAACUUUAAUCAUCCGCUACAUUGUGCCGCUUAUUAUUUAAAUCCUUCCAUAUUCUAUAAGAUUCCAGCUCAUGUGAAGGAUAAUGAUCCAAAGUACAUAUAA